AUGGGGACCGUUGUGAAAACAGGAGGGUGUUGGAAAGAUCUGGUCGUGGCACUAACGUCGAAGAAGAAGAAUCUGUGUGUGAAGUAUCUGAUUUGUUGUGUUUGGCAGGGAAUGUUGCUUCCUUCAGUACAUGUUACCAUGGCGAUGACUGCAGGGACUACAACAUCCUUUCCCAUGAGUAACCACACCCGGGAGAGAGUGACGGUGGCCAAACUUACGCUGGAGAACUUCUACAGCAACCUAAUUAUACAGCACGAAGAGAGAGAAACCAGGCAGAAGAAGCUAGAAGUGGCUAUGGAAGAGGAGGGCCUCGCAGACGAGGAGAAAAAACUGCGCAGGUCACAACACGCUCGCAAAGAAACAGAGUUUCUGCGACUGAAGAGGACUAGACUUGGCUUGGAUGACUUUGAAUCUUUAAAAGUUAUAGGAAGAGGAGCUUUUGGGGAGGUACGCCUUGUUCAGAAGAAGGAUACAGGCCAUAUUUACGCAAUGAAGAUACUAAGAAAAGCAGAUAUGCUGGAGAAAGAGCAGGUGGCCCAUAUCCGAGCAGAAAGAGAUAUUUUGGUUGAAGCAGAUGGAGCCUGGGUAGUGAAAAUGUUUUACAGCUUUCAGGAUAAAAGAAAUCUUUACCUGAUCAUGGAGUUCUUACCUGGAGGUGACAUGAUGACCUUACUAAUGAAGAAAGACACCUUAUCAGAAGAGGAGACACAGUUUUACAUUUCUGAAACUGUGCUGGCCAUAGAUGCUAUUCACCAGUUGGGAUUCAUCCACAGAGAUAUUAAACCAGAUAACCUUCUGCUGGAUGCUAAGGGUCAUGUAAAACUGUCUGAUUUUGGGCUAUGCACGGGUUUAAAGAAAGCUCACAGAACCGAGUUCUACAGGAAUCUUACACACAACCCGCCAAGUGAUUUCUCAUUUCAGAAUAUGAACUCGAAGAGAAAAGCAGAAACAUGGAAGAAGAACAGGCGACAGCUGGCAUAUUCUACUGUUGGAACCCCAGACUACAUUGCACCAGAAGUAUUUAUGCAGACUGGGUACAACAAGCUGUGUGACUGGUGGUCUUUGGGCGUGAUUAUGUAUGAAAUGCUAAUAGGAUAUCCACCUUUCUGCUCGGAAACGCCACAAGAGACUUAUAGGAAAGUUAUGAACUGGAAAGAAACGUUGGUAUUUCCUCCAGAGGUGCCCAUUUCAGAGAAAGCAAAGGAUUUAAUUCUAAGGUUUUGUAUCGACUCGGAAAAUAGAAUUGGUAGUAAUGGAGUAGAGGAAAUAAAAAGUCAUCCGUUUUUUGAAGGAGUGGACUGGGGACAUAUCAGGGAAAGACCAGCUGCAAUCCCUAUAGAAAUCAAAAGUAUUGAUGAUACUUCCAACUUCGAUGAAUUUCCUGAAUCUGAUAUUUUACAGCCAGUGCCAAACACAACGGAACCUGACUACAAAUCCAAAGACUGGGUUUUCCUCAAUUAUACCUACAAGAGGUUUGAAGGGCUCACGCAGCGUGGCUCGAUCCCUUCCUACAUGAAAGCCGGGAAGUUGUGA